GGACCUUUAUUUUACCGACGGCCGGCAGACGGUAAAGACGUGUUCCCGCGUCCGACGACCAACGUCCGCAGCCCCAAAGCAUACUCGCUGAAUCUCAAGAGACCCGAUUACGGGCCGACUUAUCAGCCGGAGCGAUUAGAUGUGCGAUUAGGGGAGACCGGUGAAUAAGAGCUCAGCUAGCAUAGCACCUGCACCGGAAUAACCGCCCGUCGGCGAUGGCUACUCUGGGCGCCUGGGACUACACCAUCCUGGCGGUGGUGCUGGUCAUCUCCGUGGCCAUCGGCAUCUACUACCGCUUCGUGGGCGGCAAGCAGAGCACCACCAGCGAGUACCUGCUGGCAGACCGCUCCAUGGGCGUGGCCCCGGUGGCCUUCAGCCUGAUGGCCAGCUUCAUGUCCGCGGUGACCAUCCUGGGCGUGUCCAUGGAGAACUACCAGUACGGCACGAUGUUCGUGCUGAUCAACCUGUCGUACGUUCUGUGCACCCCGGUGGCCGCCUACCUCAUCAUUCCGGUCUUCUAUCGCCUGAAGACGGCCAGCGUGUACGAGUAUCUGGAGCUGCGCUUCGGCUACGCCACCCGACUGGCCGCCUCGCUGAGCUUCACCCUGCAGAUGGUGCUCUACAUGGGCAUCGUGGUGUACGCUCCGGCGCUGGCUCUGGAGGCCGUCACCGGACUGAGCCAGGUCUUCUCCAUCGUGAUCGUCGGCGUCGUCUGCACCUUCUACGCCACGCUCGGCGGGAUGAAGGCGGUGCUCAUCACGGACAUCUACCAGUCGCUGCUCAUGUUCGCCGCCGUCUUCAGCGUGAUCAUUUGCGCCUGGGUGAAGGCUGGCAGCCUGGAGGAGAUCUGGCGGGUGGCGCAGGAGGACGGACGCAUCGAUCUGAGCAACUUCAGUGUGGAUCCCACGGAGCGGCACACGUGGUUCACCCAGAUCCUGGGCGGCAGUGCCACCUACCUGGCCAUCUACGGGGUGAACCAGGCGCAGGUGCAGCGCCUGAUGGCGGUGCGCAGCCUGAGUGCCGCCAGGGCGGCCCUGUGGUGGUGCCUGCCCAUCCUGUGCCUGCUGAGCGUGAGCACCUGCUUCUCGGGGCUGUGCAUCUACUGGUACUACCGCCACUGCGAUCCCCUGCUGGAGGGCAGGGUCAGCUCGCGCGACCAGGUGAUGCCGCUCUUCGUCGUGGACACGAUGGGCGGGUACACCGGCCUCGCGGGACUCUUCGUGUCGGGGAUCUUCUGCGCCAGCCUCUCCACCAUCAGCUCGAUCAUCAGCUCGCUGGCGGCCGUCACGCUGGAGGACUACCUCAAGCCACUGGUCAGCUGCUGUGCCAAGCGCACGCUCACCGAUCGCCAGACCCUGUGGUACUCCAAGCUGCUCUCCCUGUUCUACGGAGCCCUCUGCAUCGGCAUGGCUUUCAUGGCGGGCUCGAUCGGAGGACUCCUGCAGGCGGCGCUCUCGAUCUUCGGCAUCAUCGGAGGUCCGCUGCUGGGACUCUUCACGCUGGGCAUGUACGUGCCCAAGGCGAACGAGAAGGGAGCCCUCGCGGCACUGGUCACCUCGCUGGCCUUCUGCUUCUGGAUUGGGUUCGGCCAGCCGAAGCCUCCGCUGGUCAGCUUGGCCAUGUCCACCGAGGGCUGUCCGCUGAACAGGAGUUUCGCCCGCGACGUGUUCCUUGGGAGAGCCAGUGUGGAGGAGCAGGAGGAGCAGCACUACUUCUACCUGUACAGGAUUAGCUACAUGUGGUACGCUGCUCUGGGCUUCGUCAUCGCCUUCUUGGGCGGUUGGCUCCUCUCCUGGCUGUGCGCCCUGCUCAAGUGGGACGACAACAGGCGCAUCUACCAGGACGCGGACUGCACGCUGAUCAAGCACGAUCUCUUCGUGCCGCCGCUGGCCAAACGGCUGCAAAGGCGCCAGAUGCCCCUGCUGGUGGUCACCGGGACCAGUUCGGAGAUCGGUGGCAUCUCGGUGGAGACGGCCACGGCGCCACCGCGGCUGGACGAGAUCGAGUGGGAGAAACCCAAGGCGGUGGCGUAGCUUAAUCACUUUUCUGAAACUUCGGACCUGUGCUUUUCCCACCUCUGCCGCUUGCUUACCUUUGCGAAUCCAAUCCGGGUCAGCUGCACUGGGGACUCGGUUCGUCCCUCCAAGUGACUAGAACAAACAGUGGCGUAUUUUAGUAUGGUUACGUUUAAUAGCAGUUGUAUACGAGCCUAAGCACUUUUACUGUAGCUGUUGUAGAACUAAUUGUCGAAAAAAAAAGGAAAAACAAA